ACUGUGCUGCUCAUUGAUAAUGUAGAACUUGUUUUUAGGAUGAAGAUUUAUUGCUCAAGUUUGUCGUAUGAUUGACCCAGGUGUGGAAUACUCUGAUUCGAACUGAGGUUAAGCCUCAGUUUAAGAGCUUGUGCUAACGGUUUCAAUCUGUGGUGCAGUAGGUCAUAGUUUUGGUUUGUACAGCUUUCUAAAGCUUAAAGUAGAAUGCAAAACGUGUUGUGAUACAAGCUGGUUAACUUGCAAGGGGACUGGUUAAGGAAGAAUCAAUAUGUGCUUAGAAGGCAGAGUUAAUAACAAUUCUGUCACUGAAUCUUUCAGCUUGCCUAAAGUUGUUAAAAGACGUGUGAAUGCUCUCAAGAACCUUCAAGUUCAGUGUGCACAGAUAGAAGCAAAGUUCUAUGAGGAAGUUCAUGAGCUGGAAAGAAAAUAUGCUGCUCUCUAUCAACCCUUAUUUGAUAAGCGAAGUGAAAUCAUCAAUGCAAUUUAUGAACCUACAGAAGAAGAAUGUGAAUGGAAAGCAGAUAUUGAAGAAGAAAUUUCAGAAAUGAAAGAGAAAGCCAAGCUUGAAGAAGAAAAAAAAGAUGAAGAAAAAGAAGACCCCAAAGGAAUUCCUGAGUUUUGGCUGACAGUAUUCAAGAAUGUGGACUUGCUCAGUGAUAUGGUGCAGGUAGGUCCAGGCUUAUUUAAACAGUAGUACUAGUACUUAAUC